UGGGGUGUUGACUUGGGUGGAGCCUCAGCCAAUGACAGUUCAUAUGUGUUGCUUGUGUUGGUGUGAGCUGUUGUGCUCCUCCUCCUCCCUCCAUCAGUGUUACCUUCAGUGUCAGAAGUUGUACCUAGGAAGAUGACUACGAAGCUGGCUAGUGGUCACCGGGUGGAGGCCAUGAGCGAGGAGUGGCUGGCCAGGAUGGAGGAGGAACAGACGCUCUACAACCAUGGUAUGAUCCGCCUCAGGCCCGGAGGCUAUCUCUACCCGACACUCUUCACCAAAUAUGCUGACACCAUCUACAACUUCAAGUUCACUGAAGGUGACGUACUUGUGAUGGGAAUGCCCAGGUCUGGGACGACCUGGAUGUUGGAGUUGGUGUGGACGAUGCUUCACAACCCCGACCUCAACAACCAGAGGGCCGACCUGCCCAUCUUCAUCAGAGCACCGCAUAUAGAGUAUGACAUUCUUAUUAGUUUAUCAGUGGUGUACAUUGCUAGAGAUCCCAAGGACGUGGUUGUAUCGCUAUUCUAUCACUUCUGUAACGUAAAGUUCCACAACUAUACUGGCACCUUCGACAACUUCGUCAAACAUUUCAUGAACAAUGAUUUGUUGUACUGUCCCUACUGGCCCAACCUGAUGAUGGCCUGGGGGCAAAAGGAUGAGACCUUUUUGCACUUUGUGUUUUAUGAAGACUUUAAAGCUGACAUAAAGAAGGAACUUGGAAAACUGAAUGAGUUCUUGGGCACCAACCUCUCCCAACAGCAGCUUGAUAAUGUUGCCGAACACUGUUCUUUCUCCUCGAUGAAAGCUCGAAGUGAAAAAGAUGCUGCAAAUUAUCACCAAGGUGCCCAGAAGAACGAAGGAGACUUCUUCAGGAAAGGCUCGUGGGGUGGGCGACCAAGCCCCCGAGUC